GGUCGCUACCUAGAUACAAACGGGUUUCGCCUCGCUCGCUCCCCGGCCUCCCGGGCUCCUCUAUGUUUGAUUCAUUUUUCACGUCUGGCACCGGUGGAAAAUAAAAAAGCUAUUUGAAUGUACAGCAUGAUGAUGGAGACGGACUUGCACUCCCCUGGCGGAGCCCAGGCCCCCACGAACCUCUCGGGGCAGACCGGAGCGGGAGGCGGCGGAGGCGGUGGCGGCGGCGGGGGAAACAAAGCGAACCAGGACCGGGUCAAGAGACCCAUGAACGCCUUCAUGGUGUGGUCGCGGGGCCAGCGACGGAAGAUGGCCCAGGAGAACCCCAAAAUGCACAACUCGGAGAUCAGCAAGCGCCUGGGGGCCGAGUGGAAAGUCAUGUCGGAGGCCGAGAAGAGACCGUUCAUCGACGAGGCGAAGCGGCUGCGAGCGCUGCACAUGAAGGAGCACCCGGAUUAUAAAUACCGGCCCCGGCGGAAGACCAAGACCCUGCUCAAGAAGGACAAGUACUCUCUGGCCGGGGGGCUGUUGAGCGCCGGCUCGGCCGGGGGAGGCCCGGCCGGCGUCGGCGUGGGCAUGGGCGUCGGCGUCAGCCCGGGCGGCGUCGGGCAGCGGCUGGAGAGCCCCGGCGGCACGGCCAGCGGCGGCUACGCGCACAUGAACGGCUGGGCCAACGGCGCCUACCCGGGCUCGGUGGCGGCGGCGGCGGCGGCGGCGGCGAUGAUGCAGGAGGCGCAGCUCGCCUACAGCCAGCACCCGGGCAGCGGGGGGCACCCGCACCACCCGCACCCCCAUCACCCGCACCACCCGCACAACCCGCAGCCCAUGCACCGCUACGACAUGGGUGCCCUGCAGUACAGCCCCAUCUCCAACUCGCAGGGCUACAUGAGCGCCUCGCCCUCGGGCUACGGCGCCCUGCCCUACGGCUCCCAGCCCCACCAGAACUCGGCGGCGGCGGCAGCGGCAGCGGCGGCGGCGGCGGCCGCCUCCUCGGGUGCGCUGGGCGCCCUGGGCUCGCUGGUGAAGUCGGAGCCCAGCGUGAGCCCGCCCGUCACCUCUCACUCGCGGGCCCCGUGCCCCGGGGACCUGCGGGAGAUGAUCAGCAUGUACUUACCGGCCGGGGAAGGCGGGGAUCCGGCGGCCGCUGCCGCCCAGAGCCGGCUCCACUCCCUGCCCCAGCACUACCAGAGCGCCAGCACGGGGGUGAACGGCACCGUUCCCUUGACGCAUAUCUGAGCCCCUGCCAGCACCGGAGCGCCGGAGGGAGGCACGGACGCGGGCACCGGCUCGGCCCCCGGCCCCGGCCCCGGGCCGGCCUGCAGGACUGCGCGCCCGCC